AAUCGAGUUGUGGACUAGAGUGAAAACCAAACCCCAGUCUCGUUCAGUCGUGUCUCGUCGUCAGUUUCCUUUCCAUUCCUUGUCACCAAAGUAACACAGCACAACACAGCAAUCGCCGCUUCCAUGGACGACGCCGCUGGAAUCGCCGCCACUGUGGCGCGCGCCAUAGCCACCUUCCUCGACUGGACCUCCUCCCCCGAUGCGCGUGCGGCGUCGCACGCCUACUUGGAAACCAUAAAAGCUGGAGAUGCUCGAGCUUUGGCAAAUACAUCCUUUAUUUUGGUCAAGAGAGAUUGGUCUUCUGAGAUCAGGUUGCAUGGUUUUAAAAUGCUUCAGCAUCUUGUGCGAUUGCGUUGGGAUGAAAUAAAUCCUUUGGACCGAAGAAACUUUGCAAAUGUAUCUGUGGAUCUGAUGUCUGAAAUUGCAAGUCCUAGUGAAGAAUGGGCAUUGAAAAGUCAGGCAGCUGCUCUUGUUGCUGAGAUUGUUAGGAGGGAAGGACUAAGUCUAUGGCAAGACCUUCAUCCAUCUAUAAUUACCCUGUCCAACAUGGGCCCGACACAGGCUGAGCUGGUGUUGAUGAUGCUGAGGUGGCUUCCGGAAGAUAUUACAGUUCAUAAUGAGGAUUUAGAAGGUGAUAGGCGCAGAGCUUUAUUACGUGGGCUAAGUCAGUGUUUGCCCGAGAUCUUGCCUCUGUUGUAUACUCUGCUAGAGAGACACUAUGGAGCUGCAAUUAUGGAAGCUGGUAGAAACCAAAUGGACAUUGCAAAGCAGCAUGCAGCAGCAGUGAUGGCUGCAAUCAAUGCUGUUAAUGCAUAUGCAGAGUGGGUUCCAUUACCUGAUCUUGCAAAAUAUGGAAUUAUAUAUGGGUGUGGAGUUUUGCUCGGUUCUCCAGAUUUUCGGCUUCAUGCUUGUGAGUUUUUCAAACUUGUGUCACCAAGGAAAAGGCCUGCAGAUGCUUCUUCAGACUUCGAUUCGUCAAUGAUGAGUGUUUUCGAAAUCUUAAUAAAUGCCUCCAGAGAUUUCUUUAAUAAAACAAGCUCUGCUUCUGACAACAAUGGAAGUGAAUUUGAGUUUGCAGAAUAUCUAUGUGAAAGUUUGGUUUCAUUGGGUUCUACAAACAUGGAAUGUAUUGCUUCUAAUAAUUCAGCCCUCUCAAUUUAUCUCCAACAGAUGUUGGGGUUUUUCCAACACUUCAAGCUGGUUCUUCAUUAUCACUCAUUACUCUUUUGGCUGUUGUUGAUGCGUGAACCAGUCUCAAAAUCUAAGGCUGUUGUGGUUUCUGAAUCCAACAUGGGCACUGGACAAGUUGAAAAUGAAAAGAGAAGAACUCUAGAUUUAGUGACUGACGAUAUAUGCAGAGCUCUGUUAGACACAUCGUUUGAACGAAUGCUGAAGAAAGAAAAAGUCCAAUCUGCUGCAACACCAACUUUCGGAGCCUUGGAAUUAUGGACUGAUGAUUUUGACAGCAAAGUAGAAUUCAGUCAAUACCGUGCACGACUGUUAGAAUUGAUCCGGCUUAUAGCAUAUGAAAGGCCUCUCGUGGCUGCUGCUAAAGUUUCUGAAAGAAUUACAGAAGUUCUAAGUCGUACUAUAAUUGUACCUGUACCUCCUAAAGAUAUGGCCAUGAUAGAAAGCAUGCAUUCUGCUUUAGAAAAUGUGGUCACUGCAAUUUUUGAUGGAUCUAAAGACUACCGAAAAAAUAGCACUGAUGUCCAGCUUUCAUUGCAUCGAAUAUUUGAAGGUUUGCUUCAGCAGCUUAUUUCAUUGAAAUGGACUGAACCAACAUUAGUUGAAGUUCUUGGUCACUAUAUGGAUGCAUUGGGCUCUUUCUUGAGGUACUUCCCAGAAGCUGUUAGCAGCGUAAUCAAUAAGCUGUUCGAACUGUUAACGUGCCUGCCUGUCAUGGUUAAGGAUCCUGCAACUAGCACUGCUCGCCGUGCAAGAUUACAGAUAUGCACAUCAUUUAUUCGAAUUUCAAGGGCUGCCAGUGAAAGCGUCUUGCCUCACAUGAAGGGGAUCGCUAGCACUAUGACAUACUUGCAAACGGAGGGUGUUUUACUACGUGCAGAGCAAAAUCUUCUAGGCGAAGCAUUUCUAGUUAUGGCUUCUUCUGCUGGCGUUCAGCAGCAACAAGAGGUUUUGAUGUGGCUGCUCGAGCCUUUGAGUAAGCAAUGGACUCAGCCAGAGUGGCAAGAAGCGUACUUGUCAGAUCCAUCCGGCUUAGUAAAGCUUUGUACAGAUACGCAAUUUAUGUGGUCCAUAUUCCACACAUUGACAUUCUUUGAGCGGGCACUGAAGAGGAGUGGCUUUAGAAAAGGCAAUUUGAGUUCAGAAAACGGUUCAAAAACAAAUUCCCUUGGUGGGCACCCAAUUGAUUCGCAUCUCUCGUGGAUGCUUCCACCUCUUCUUAAACUGCUUUGCGCAAUACACUCACUUUGGUCCCCGUCUGUUACGCAAGCUCUUCCUGGAGAAAUGAGGGCUGCAAUGGUUAUGAGUGAUUUUGAGAAAAUUAAUCUUCUCGGAGAAAGCAAACAAAAAUUGCCUAAGGGAGGAUUAACCUUCAGUGAUGGAUCUCACUUUGACUUUAACAAGGAAGCCUAUCCAGAGCAUAAUGAAGCAGAUAUUCGGAAUUGGCUGAGAGGGAUCAGAGAUAGCGGGUAUAGCAUAUUGGGUUUAUCUGCGACUCUCAAGGACUCCUUUUACAGACGUAUGGAUCCUCAUUUUGUUAUCUCGGCAUUGGUGGAAAAUAUACAGUACAUGGAGUUCAGGCACUUAAAGCAACUCCUACACCUGGCUCUAAUUCCCAUAGUUAGAUGCUGUCCCACGGAUCUGUGGGAGGUGUUACUGGAAAAACUCCUUCACCCAUUACUCCUCCAUGUCUCGCAUGCUCUAAGCUCUUCAUGGUCCAGCCUUUUACGAGAUGGAAGAGCACAAGUUCCUGACCUUAUUGGGAUACUUCCUGGGCCGGACUUAAAAGUAGAAGUCAUGGAAGAAAAGCUUCUCCGGGAUUUAACCCGCGAAAUCGGUUCCCUGCUAUCUGUUUUUUCUUCUCCCGCACUUAAUACUGGACUCCCGUCCUUAGAACAGGCCGGCCAAGUUAGCCACAUGGAUGCUUCUUCUUUGAGAGAUUUAAACACCUUUGCUGCCAAUUCGAUGGUUGGAUUUAUAUUGAAUCAUAAGAGUCUUGCAAUUCCAGUCUUGAAGAUAUGCAUCGAAUCAUUUAGUUGGACCGAUAGUGAAGCAAUGACUAAGGUUUCUUCGCUCUGCGGGGUAGUGGUUCUCCUUGCAAUCUUUUCGAACAAUGUUGAGCUCAAAGAAUAUGUGUGCAGAGAUUUAUUUUCUGCUAUCAUCCAAGGCCUAACCCUCGAAUCGAAUGCUUUUAUAAGCUCUGAUUUAGUUGAUCUCUGUCGCGAGAUCUUUAUUUAUCUUUCGCAUAGAGAUCAGUCACCCAGGCAGAUUCUGCUCUCUCUGCCAUGCAUUACUCCACAAGAUCUAUUUGCUUUUGAAGAAGCUUUGUCGAAGACGGGUAGCCACAAGGAGCAAAAACAACAUAUGAAAAGUCUUUUAGUGAUGGCAACGGGAAACAAGUUGAAGGCUCUUGCCGCUCAGAAGGGCUUAAAUGUCAUCACAAAUGUUACAACAAGACCACCACGCAAUUUGGAAACUAAUCCAGAAUCUAGUCGGGAUGAGGGGGAAACCAUUGGAUUGGCUGCAAUGACAUGAAAUAGUCGGGUAUGUCCUCGUUUUCUUUGCUAUACUAAAAAAUGCUGAUCAUGAAGAAACUUCAGUUUUCGGAGAGGUUAACAAAAAUAUCUGAGUCUAUUUAUUGGACACUUUUUAAGUUUCUAAUCUCUGUGAUCAUAUAUGGUGUCUCACUGGAGCUUGUUAUGUAUAUACUAUCUGUGCUUAACUGAAUAACCAAUCAUUUAUUUAUUUUUCUAA